CGGAUCCAGCAACCACACUACCUUCGUCGAGUCUACCAACACUUCUCUUUGCUCAACUCAUCAAGGCGAUCACGAAGAUGGAGGCGUUUAACGACAUCUACCUCAAUUUAUCGCGCAAGCCAGGCGCCACCCGAUUCUCGGACAGUGGCUUUGGCUGGAAGCCCGUAAACGGCGAAACCUACACUUGCGAUCAGUCACAAAUCAUACAAGCGCAAUGGAGCCGAGCCGCAAGGGGCUAUGAAGUGAAGAUUCUCUCGCGAAAUGACGGCGUAAUACAGCUUGAUGGGUUCAAGCAGGAGGAUUUUGAUCGAGUUAGCAAGGUCUUCAAGAGCUGGUACGGCAUCAAUCUGGACAGUCGAGAGCACGCCUUGCGAGGUUGGAACUGGGGUAAGGCAGAGUUUGGAAAAGCCGAGCUUUCAUUCAACGUCGCCAACCGCCCAGCCUUUGAAGUGCCGUACACAGAAGUCUCCAACACGAAUUUGGCUGGAAAGAAUGAAGUCGCAGUUGACUUUUCGCUUCCUGCGGACGCUGACGCUGGCGCAAAUGGAUCUCUUGGAGGUGCGAGAUUUCGGGGCAAGAAGUCAGCCGGAGCUCGCGAUCAGUUGGUGGAGAUGCGUUUCUACAUACCCGGUGUCGCCUCAAAGAAGGAGAAGAAGGAGGAUGGUGAAGACGCCUCUGGCGCUGAAGAUGGCGAGGAGCAGAACGCUGCCAAUUUGUUCUAUGAGACACUCAUGGACAAGGCAGAGAUUGGCGAAGUUGCAGGCGACACCUUCGCCACCUUCCUGGACAUUCUCCACUUGACUCCUAGGGGUCGUUUCGAUAUCGACAUGUACGAGAGCUCCUUCCGGCUUCGAGGCAAAACCUACGACUACAAAAUCCAGUUCGACUCCGUCAAAAAGUUCAUGGUACUGCCAAAGCCUGAUGAUAUGCACACGCUGAUCACGAUUGGUCUGGACCCUCCCCUGCGACAAGGCCAGACGCGUUACCCUUUCCUAGUCAUGCAGUUCAAGCGCGACGAGGAGGUCAAUCUCGCCUUGAACAUGAAGGAGGAUGUGUUGGAAUCGAAAUACAAAGACAAGCUGCAGUCACAGUACGAGGCGCCGAUUUCUGUUGUCGUAUCCGACAUAUUCAAAGGGUUGAGUGGUAAACGUAUCACCAAACCCUCUCGUGACUUCGUCAGCCACCAUGAGCAGUCGGGUGUGAAGUGUUCAAUCAAGGCCAACGAAGGUCAUUUGUUCUGUCUCGACAAAGCCUUCAUGUUUAUCCCUAAGCCGGCAACUUAUAUCAGCAUGGACAACAUCGCAUCGGUCACCAUGUCUCGUGUUGGAGGAGCUAUGGCGGCGAGUCGAACGUUUGACAUCACAUUCACUAUGAAAGGGGGAAUGGCAGAGCACCAAUUUUCCAACAUCAACCGUGAGGAGCAACAGCCACUAGAGAACUUCUUCCGUGCCAAGGGGAUCAAAACAAAGAACGAGAUGGCAGACGAUUCUGGAGCAAUCCUCGCAGCUGCACUCCAAGAUGAAGACCUUGCUUCUAGUGACGAUGGCGGUGUCGCGAAUCGCGGCAGCGCAGACGAAGAUGACGAGAGCGUUGACGAGGACUUCCAAGCAGAGUCCGAGUCUGAGGUUGGCGAAGAGUUUGAUUCGGACCAUGAAAGCAGUGGCUCGGAUAGUGACGCAGAGAUGCAGGACGCAAAUAGCGACGGUGGUCCGAAUGAGGAGAUGGAAGUGGCAGAGCGACCUAAGAAGAAACAGAAGGUCUCGAAAUCAUGAUUACGCACGCCACAUCCUCGUGGCUAGGGAGGGUUUACUGCAGGGGCCCAUAGCGGUGAGGCAAGUGGGAAUCCGAUAAUUUUCCGAUGAUUACAAAAUUCUUGAAGGUAUUGGAUGCUUGGACAUUUUGUGUUUUUGCUCGGAAAAUGAAAUCGGCGGGUGGCAUGCUCAACCACCUCAGCAUGGAGGUGCCUCCGGCGUUUCUAAUAAGCGGACAGUAUUGACUGAAACAUGAGGAGCUAGCAGGAAGGAUCAAUCCGGAUCUUCGACUAGCAUACUGCAAGGAAUGUGGCUCACCAAACGGUCCGAAGAUGUUACGCGAUUGCAGCAAGCAGAAAGGUGUAAAAGAUUGUGGCAAACUACGGC